UCUCCCCGUUUGGUCUCGACCCUUUUAUCAGUGCCUUAUCCUAGUUUCUGCUUCUCUUCUUCGACGAUUUGGCGAUGGCGUUCUGCGCUCCAGGCCAACUAGCAAGCCCUAAUCUUCGAACCAGAAGUAAAGCUUUCGCUAUUAAAUCUCCGUCACCAUCUUCUCAGUCUCGUUCUUCAUCGAUCAAAUGUAAUUUCUCUUCAAACCCUAAUUUAGAGAAAACUUUAGUUACUAACAACAAACCUAAUUCUAAAACCCUACCCCUUGUCACUAAAACCCUAGGUGUUACAGUCGCUUCAGGUCUUCUCUAUCAGUUCUGUUUUGGUAAUGGAGGAAGUGGGGGUGGAUUUGGAGGCGGUGGUGGUGGUGGAGGCGGAAGUGGUGGUGGAGGUUUCUGGUCGAAAUUCUUUUCGUCUCCAGCAGCCAUAGCUAAAGAUGAAGAAUCUCCUAAUCAAGACUGGGAUUCUCAUGGACUUCCAGCUAACAUUGUUAUUCAGCUUAACAAGUUAAGUGGAUUAAAAAGGUAUAAACUUUCUGAAAUACUUUUCUUUGAUAAGCGAAAAUGGGCGAAUGUAGGAACAGAAGAUUCUUUCUUUGAAAUGAUAUCUUUACAACCAGGGGGUGUUUAUACUAGAGCACACUUACAGAAAGAGCUUGAAACAUUAGCCACUAGUGGAAUGUUUGAAAAAGUUGAAUUAGAAGGAAAAACUAAACCUGAUGGAACUUUAGGGAUUACAAUAUCCUUUACUGAAAGUACAUGGCAAUCAGCUGAUUCUUUCCGUUGUAUUAAUGUUGGGUUAUUGCCACAAAGCAAACCAAUUGAAAUGGAUCCUGAUAUGACAGAUAAAGAGAAGCUAGAGUUGUUUAAGAGUCAAGAGAGAGAUUAUAGAAAGAGAAUGGCUAAAGCGAGACCUUGUUUGUUACCAAUUCCAAUUCAAUUAGAGGUUUUAUCUAUGUUGAGGGAGCAGGGUAAAGUUAGUGCGAGGAUGUUGCAGAAGAUAAGAGAUCGGGUUCAGAAAUGGUAUCAUGAUGAAGGGUAUGCUUGUGCCCAAGUGGUGAAUUUCGGUAAUUUGAAUACGAAGGAGGUUGUUUGUGAAGUUGUUGAAGGGGAUAUUACGAAAUUGGAUAUACAGUUUCAAGAUAAGCUUGGAAAUAUUGUUGAAGGGAAUACACAAGUUGGCGUCAUUAUGCGAGACUUGCCCAGACAGCUUCAACAAGGUCAUGUUUUUAACAUUGAAGCAGGAAAGCAAGCUCUGAGAAAUAUAAAUUCACUUGCAUUAUUUUCUAAUAUCGAAGUUAACCCUCGUCCGGAUGAGAAAAAUGAUGGAGGAAUUAUAGUUGAGAUAAAGCUUAAAGAACUUGAACAAAAGACGGCUGAAGUUACUACAGAAUGGAGUAUUGCACCUGGACCUCAAGGCAGACCCACAUUGGCUUCAAUCCAGCCUUCUGGAACUGUUUCAAUUGAGCAUCGAAAUAUCAAUGGGCUGAACAGAUCAGUAAAUGGUUCAAUAACCACCAGCAACUUCCUCGAUCCUCAGGAUGAUCUAUCUUUCAAGUUUGAGUAUGUACAUCCUUAUCUCGAUGGUGUUACUGAUCCCCGCAAUCGCACCUUCCGUACAAGCUGCUUCAAUAGUCGUAAACUGAGUCCAGUUUUUACAGCUGGACCAGGGGUGGAUGAAGUUCCACCUAUAUGGGUUGAUAGGGGUGGAGUUAAAGCUAAUAUAACAGAGAACUUGACCCGUCAGAGCAAAUUCACUUAUGGGCUGGUAAUGGAAAAGAUCACAACACGUGAUGAACAGAGUAAUGUUUCUUCACAUGGUCAGCGUCAGUUACCAAAUGGAGGAAUCAGUGCAGAUGGACCCCCAACAACACUCAGUGGUACUGGUGUUGACCAACUGGUAUUUGGACAAGCAAAUAUCACACGUGAUAAUACCAAAUUCGUGAAUGGAGCAACUGUUGGUGAGAGGGAUGUAUUCCAGCUGGACCAGGGCUUCGGUAUUGGCAGUCAAUUUCCAUUCUUUAAUCGCCACCAGUUAACAUUGACCCGCUUCAUCCAAUUGAAGAAGGUCGAAGAGGGUGCUGGUAAGCCGCCACCACCUGUACUUGUUCUUCAUGGCCAUUAUGGUGGUUGUAUUGGAGAUCUCCCAAGUUAUGAUGCUUUUACACUUGGUGGACCUUACUCUGUGAGAGGUUACAACAUGGGGGAAUUGGGAGCUUGCAGACAAAUCCUUGAGGCUGCGGCUGAGAUCCGUAUACCAGUAAGGAAUACACAUGUGUAUGCAUUUGUUGAACACGGAAAUGAUCUAGGAAGCUCCAAGGAUGUUAAAGGUAACCCAACAGAGUUCUACCGAAGAGCCGGUCAAGGAUCUUCUUAUGGUGCUGGUGUCAAGUUGGGUCUAGUUCGUGCAGAGUAUGCCGUCGAUCAUAAUGCUGGAACAGGGGCUGUAUUCCUCCGGUUUGGUGAAAGAUUCUGAGACUAAUGGAUCCUAACUUUUUAGUGAAUAUUAUCAAAAGUUUAGUUGUAGAUUCAGGGGAGCAGUAGAGGUUUUGAUAGUGGGAAUGCUUAAUAAAUGAUUCAUUCUUCUGGUAAGAGGCUUAUUUAUAGAUUAUCAAGUGUGCUAUGAAUUUUUGUGGAACUCUGCAAUUGCAGUGCUGUGAGGGGACAGUGGAGAAUGAGGGCAACACCCUUGAUGAGUUUUUUGCUUUUGCCAUUUCGACAUUGUUGUUAAAUUCAGAUUAGUUGUAUUCAAUCUCUCUCAUUUGCGUAACUCA